CGAGCCGAACGGUUCGUAUGCCAAAUUGUUAACAUCCUAAUUGAACAAUAUUUGCCUUGAAAUAAUUACUAUCAAUCCCGGUCUUGUUUGUGCAAGAGCGUUUCGUGUUUCGUGCGGAUGCAUUAUUGAAAAUCGCUCUAGUUGUUUUACGUUUUUUUUCUGUGGAAAGAGCAAUUCGGGCAAUUUAAAUGCCUGAUGAGGGCUUGAGGAUAACAAACGAGCAGGCAGACCGAUAAAAAUGUCGACGAAGGAAGUCGUCCUGCCCUUGAUUGGGGUGCAGCUCGCGCUGUUAAUAUUGUUCUGCGUCUUCGGGAGGUAUUCGACGCACGAAGAGGACGCCGCUAAAUAUCCCAUGUUCCAGGAUGUCCACGUAAUGAUAUUCAUUGGUUUUGGAUUUUUAAUGACGUUCCUGAAACGCUACGGAUUUAGCAGCGUUGGAUUUACAUUAUUAUUGGGAGCUUUCGUCGUCCAAUGGGCCCUGCUCUGCCAGGGCUUCUUCCGGCUCGACGGCGACAAUAAAAUUGAAAUAGGAAUAGAAAGUUUGUAUAAAGCCGAUAUAGCAGCUGCGAGUGUGAUGAUUUCGCUGGGCGCUGUGUUGGGGAGGACGUCAGUAUUGCAAUUAUUUAUCAUGGGUUUCAUUGAAAUAGUAGUUUAUUCGGCGAAUUCGUAUUUAGGAGCGACGGUUUUGCGGGUGGCAGAUGCAGGUGGUUCGAUAUUUGUUCACGCUUUCGGGGCUUAUUUCGGUUUGGCCGUUAGCUACGUGAUGAACAGGAAAAAGGAAGGAAACUCGGAAACAGCCGUUUCCUUGCAGGAAUCCAACUACACGUCGGACCUCUUCGCCAUGAUAGGUACGGUGUUUUUGUGGCUCUAUUGGCCGAGUUUCAACGCCAUAGAGCUGACCGGCGCCGAGCAGAGCCGGGCGGUGGUCAACACUUAUCUGGCGCUCGCCGCCUGCACGGUGACGGCGUUCGCCGCCUCCUCGUUGCUGACGCCCGAGCGCAAAUUCGACAUGGUGCACGUCCAGAACUCGACGCUGGCGGGCGGCGUGGCGGCGGGCGCGGCCGCCAACCUCGUGCUGCUGCCCGUGGGAGCGGUCGUCGUGGGAAUCCUCGCCGGAUUCGUAUCGGUUUACGGAUACGUGCGAUUGUCUCCGACGUUGGAGAGGCGCUUGGGCGUGCCGGAUACCUGCGGGGUGCACAAUUUGCACGGGAUGCCCGGCGUGUUUUCGGGCGUUUUGAGCGUCUUGAUGGCGGCGAUAGCGACGCAAAACCAGUACAAGCUCGAUUUGUUCGACGUGUAUCCGGCGAGAAUGCCCGAUUUCAAAAUCGAAAAUAGCACAGCGCCCAGAACCGCCGCCCAACAAGCCGGGUUCCAAGCGCUCGGUUUAUCAGUCACUCUGGUAAUCGCCAUCGUCACGGGACUCGUUACAGGAUUCAUAUUGAAAGCGACCACCAAAGCGAUUCCUGCGAAAUCGGAGUACGACGACGCCACCUUUUGGGAAUUAUGCGAAGCGUCCGCUCCCGCCGGAGAUACCAAAGCAGGAAUGCAAUACGACAACGCCUGCUUCGAGGUGUCCACUACAGAUGCGCGCCUUCCGUGAUAAAUUGUUUAUUAACGCUCAUUAACGAGAUUUUUUACAUGCAUUCGAUUAUACAGGGUGGUCUCGAACUUAUGGCAAUACAUUCUAGGGGUGGUAAUUUACAUAAUUUGAGACCGACUCGCAG